UUAUUCAAAAUGCACCAUUGGUGACCAGUGCUGUACUAAAAUAAAACAUACUUAUUUAUAAAAAUUUUAAUUAAUGUUCUUUCACAAUCUAUAUUUUUAUUAGUGUAAAAUGUUUUUUAAGAAGUGUUUUUUGUUGUUAUUUAUUUUCAGCGACGUCCUUGCACAAUAUGGCAUGUCUUCGCGCCCGUGUCCUUUCCCAAACUUCACUCACGGGCGGUACCGCAUUAGACAGAAGAGUAAGCUAAUAAAGUUCGUCUGCUUCAUCGGUUACGAGCUUGUGGGAAAUAAGUACGCGACAUGCCGUGAUGGAGAAUGGGAUGUGCCCACGCCAGUUUGUGUCAAACCAGGCUGCCAACUGCCAAAGAUAGCGAAUGGUGUGGUGAUGACGUCACACAAGGACGCGUGGGCUAUGGUCUUCUGCCUCCCGCAGCAUAAGCUACUCGGCUCUCCAGCAAUAUACUGUGAUGGGAAGAAAUGGAAUGCCACUGCGCCUACAUGCGUUGACGCCACUAAUCCGAGCGCGCUAUCCUGCGACUUUGAGGACCCCAACCUCUGUGGCUGGUCCCAGGAUGAGCUUCACGACUUCGACUGGAAGCGGCUCAGCAAGAAGACGCCCAGCUCGUUCCUCUUCACUGGACCUUCGUAUGACCAUACAUUUGGGGAGCGUGGAUCAGGUUACUACAUGUACAUAGAAAGUACUUCUAGGCUGUGGAACGACACAGCUCGCUUGCUAUCACCUAUCUACGACGCAAGUUUGGCGAAAAACGGAUGUUUCUCUUUCUUCUAUCACAUGUUUGGCAAGACAACAGGAGGCCUCCGGAUAUACCAGAAGCCAGACCAGGUGGCUCUGGCGCACCUGAUGAGGCUACCAGAGUCUGAGAGGAGGAAGUAUCUCCUCUUCGAGAAGUGGGGGAACCAAGGAGAUGUUUGGUAUGGAGGUGUUUCCAUGCUGACGGAUUUGAAUGAUGAUUUUCAGAUCGUAAUAGAAGGCAUUCGAGGGUCAAGCUUUACAAGCGAUAUAGCUAUUGAUGACGUAUCCAUCCUGCAAGGAGUUAACUGCACAAUUGCAAAGAAUAUGGCUACCACACCUGCUGUAGUUAUGCCGGAUUCUUGCUCCGGCCGCUGUGACGUAUUCGGUAUACCGGAUACGGAACUGGGUUGUGGAUGUACUGCUUCGUGUGUGGCUGAUGGCAAGUGCUGUCCUGAUUUCUUCGACGUGUGUGUCUUUGAUUCAUCUACGACAACAGAUGAGAACAGCCCUGCAGAGUUGCCGCAAACACAAAAACUGGUAGCUCCCACUGUUACCACAACAGAAGCAACUGUUAAAAUGACUCCUAUUCCAACUACAAAACUGACAACCAUCACUACACCGAAAGUCAUAAGAACAACGAGGCCAUUUAGACCUACAAAACCUAUUGCCACUACAAAGAAACUUCCAAUCUUAGUCUUUAAGACCACAGCAAAAAUGUCCAACAAAACUGGAAUAAUCCAGAAAGAUACUACAAAACCUACGGUUGUUACUAGCACAGCUAAAGUGACAACCAGAGUUCCAAAGACUUCAACGACAACAGAAGGAAAGAAGAAGAGUUAUAUAGAAGAUACAUUGAAAGCGAAGAAAGAACAGAGUAUUGAAGCGAAGAGAUUGAGAACGCAUACUUCGGAUGAAAAGCCAAGCAAAUCCAGCAGCGGCUUACGGACUAGUAUACUAACAAUUACAGGGUUACUAUGUUGCGCGGGGGCAAUAUGGGGGGUGAUGUGGGGGCGGGGCGCGCGGGGGAGGGAGGCCAUCGCGCGGCUGCGCGGGCGCACACGGCACGACGCGGACGUGCGGUAUCUGCACGCCGAUGUUGAUGAAUAA